GUCGAGUCAGGCUCUGUCCCGCCCCCGCGGCACCGCCUCCGCGCCUCAGUCCAGCUGGCUCGCUCCGGCCGCGAACUGCCCCUCCCCGCCCCGCCUCCCGGCGCGGUGGCCGAGGCGUAGCGUUGCGACCCCCGCACCCCUGCGAACAUGGCGCUGCGAGUGGUGCGGAGCGUGCGGUCCCUGCUCUGCACCCUGCGCGUGGUCCCGUCACCCGCCGCGCCCUGCCCGCCGAGGCCGUGGCAGCUGGGGGUGGGCGCCGUCCGUACGCUGCGCACUGGACCCGCUCUGCUUUCGGUGCGUAAAUUCACAGAGAAACAUGAAUGGGUAACAACAGAAAAUGGCAUUGGAACAGUGGGAAUCAGCAAUUUUGCACAGGAAGCGUUGGGAGAUGUUGUUUACUGUAGUCUGCCUGAAGUUGGGACAAAAUUGAACAAACAAGAUGAGUUUGGUGCUUUGGAAAGUGUGAAAGCUGCUAGUGAACUCUAUUCUCCUUUAUCAGGAGAAGUAACUGAAAUUAAUGACGCUCUUGCAGAAAAUCCAGGACUUGUAAACAAAUCUUGUUAUGAAGAUGGUUGGCUGAUCAAGAUGACACUGAGUAACCCUUCAGAACUAGAUGAACUUAUGAGUGAAGAAGCAUAUGAGAAAUACAUAAAAUCUAUUGAGGAGUGAAAAUGGAACUCCUAAAUAAACUAGUAUGAAAUAAUGCAUCCCAGCAGAGUUGUCUUAAAUUAGUGGUGGACAGAAGACUUAGAAUAGCAACUUUUAGCAUUACCGACGGGGGGGAAAAAAAAACUACUGUUAACAUUGCUAAUGAAAGAAAAUACCCUUUAACUUUCUAAUGAUUAUAGAUAAAUAUAAUAACACAUCUUUUUAACAAUAUCCUCUGAUUUUUAGACAAGGCUAUAGUGUUCAGAAUUCAUGAAAUUAUCCAUGGUAAAAACUAGUUAUAAAAAUUACAUUAUUCAAAGAUAACGUUGUUAUUCUUAAGCCUUAUAUAAUAUUGUAACUUGCAUGUAUCUAUACCUGGAUUUGGGAUGAAAUACUUAAUGAUCUUUCCAUUGGAAAUAACUGGAAGUGAAGAGGCUUUUGUUGCUUGUACAGUGUCAGAUGAGGAACACCACUAUCUUAAUUUUGCAAUACACUGCAUUUGCUGGUGCUAUUUUUAUACAGUGAAGCAACAGCUUUGCGGCAGAAUAAUAAAAUACAUCUUCGUUAA